AUGAUGCUCCGCGGCGGGCUGAUGUGCUAUUUGGCAAUUGUUGCAUGCACAAGCGUUGCGGCAGUGCAGGUUAUCAACCCUGCGGGCAUCGAGACGGCCAAUCUAUCAUCAUGCGGCACAACCUGCACCACCCGAGUCCUUUCUUCGUAUCGAUGCACGAAUAACGAUACAUGCUUCUGUUCGAGCAAACCGCUUCAGGCCGACAUCUCUGCUUGCCUCGAUGAGUGCCCUUUCAGCGAUCAAUUCUACUACUCGGGUACUCGGGCGAAGAUAUGCAAGACGCCGGUCAAGAGUCGAGGCGCAACACUCUCUGGGGUUGCAUAUGCACUGUUCGGCCUCGCAACGAUCUCUACAAUCGCUCGCUUGGUCGCUCGAUGGACUCGUGUUGGCGGACAUGGAUAUUGGUGGGACGACUAUGCUGCGAUCCUGGCAUAUCCGUUCUUGGUCGCCUUGACGGCUAGCCAGGCUCUCGCAGUUCAGGGAGGAACUGGACGGGACAUCUGGGGUCUUGACUUGAACGACUUCAAAGACGUGCUAUAUUGGCUCUAUAUUGCCGGCAUUCUCUGGACACCGGUCGUUUUCUUCACAAAAGUCUCCUUGGUGUCCGCCUACCUGCGCAUCUGGAAUGCAGCGACCUGGUUCCGAUCCUUUUGCUUGGGAGCGCUGGUGUCGCUCUCGCUCGGAUACGUCGUCUUCCAAAUCGUGGCCGUCGCUCAAUGUUCACCCACCAGCUAUGCAUGGAAACGGAUCGAGGAUACGAAGCUGGUGGAAGCACACCUCAAAGAUGCCGUACAAGGCAGUUGCAUUGAUCAGCAAGACUGGCUUUGGGCUUCCUCAGCAGUCAUCGUCGUGUUUGAUUUGAUCGUUGCGCUUCUGCCGAUCUCGAAGUUGCUAAAGUCGAGCAUGUCUGGGAUGGAGAAGUUCGGUGUUGCCUCGACGUACGUCGUUGGACUCGUCGUUCUUGCCAGCGGCCUUGCGAGAUUUGCCUACAUCAACAACAUCUCGGAUCGGUCCAACCCAUCCCGUUACUACAGCCACUUCUAUCUCAUUGCCAUCAUCGAAGCGAAUGUCAGCCAGAUCUGCUGCUGCAUGCCUGCGAUUCUUAAUUAUUUCGGACACGGGGGACGUACGCGCAGUACAGGACGCUCUCGAUCCAACCGUCCUUCUCGACUCAUUUCUUUAUUCACAUUCAACAGUCCUACUUCCCCAACCUUCACCGGCGACACAUUCGAAACGGAAAAGCCACCCGCGUCUGCCAGAUCGAGGUUCUCAAAAUCUGGAUCUCUCGACUCUUUGCAAAGGAAGCCACAAACGCCGCGACAGUUCAUCGCCUCGGCUUUCCAGACACGCUCGAAAGACAUUUCACGGCCGGUGAUACCACCAAGAAGAUUCACGCCAUCACCACAAUCGCCAUUUGUCUACGCGAGUGAUCGUGAAGAAGGAGAUGAGAGGACGACACCAAUGGAAGCUGUAGAGCAAAUUCCGCACUCACCUGGCGCAUUCCUACCGGGAGAUGGCUUCACUCAGCCGAGCCCGUCCGCUGCCAAGAUCAGUUUCGACGACGUAGACACAGCACUUCCACCACCACCAAUCAUCAGAGGUCCUUCGCCUUCGCUAAGUCUUCCAUCGAAGAGGGAAAAGAGGUGGUCAGCUUUGAGCAGCAUCGGAGAGUCAAGGCGAGGAGACGGUCACAUUCGCAUCGAGGAGGAGGACGAAGAAUCUGAUGGAGCCAUGCCACCACCCAUAUCGAGAGGUCCAUCACCAGCAAUGGUAGGUCCGAUCAGGAAGGAGAAGCGCCUGUCGGGUCUGUCCGCAUUGCGAGUAGGAGCAGGGUCUCGACAGGAAGUCUCCCGCACUUCAUCUCUCCGUCCUCAUUCCAGUGAUGAGGAUUCCGACAGCGCAUUGCCACCAUCCGUCGCUCGAGGUCCGUCGCCUCUUCCGACUUCGACAUCACGACAAGAGAAACGCUCUUCCGGUCUCCGCAUAUCAGCAGGCUCACGACAAGAAGAUCGCAGUCCCUCACCACUCAUCUUCCCACCUGCUGCCUACAUUUCCGACUCCGACUACGACUCCGACUUGGCCUGUCCUCCCCCAGGUAUCUCACGCGGUCCAUCUCCCCUCCCCGGCGCUGUACCAGCUCCACUCCAACCCAAAACCAAACGCUUCUCCGGUCUAUCACGCUUGACAUCCUCCUCCCGACAAGGCGCUCAAAGUCCCACCAAACCGACUUCCUCCUCCCGACCCCGCGCCGACAGCCCACCCAAACCAACCCACAAUGACAUCGCCUUCUCCGACUCGGACUCCGACUCCGCCGUCCCCGCUCCUCUCUUCAACGCCUCCCGCGCCCCUUCUCCCGCCCUCGUCGCCACCGUCCAAUCCGUAAAACGCCACAACAGCCUCCGCUCCAGCGUAACCUUCGCCCGUUCCGACGAUCGAGCCCGCAGUCCCACCAUCUUCGAGGAAUCCCAACGCCGCAUCAGCGAAACAGUCGACGACGACGCACCUGCAGAACCGCCCAUCGUUCCCCGCCUCAAUUCCCUCAAUUCCGCGGAACCUGGUCAACGCCCGCCAUCCCGCCGAAGCAGUAUGCGUUCAUCGGGUCUCAUGCACAGUCUGGGGUUAUCCGGUCGGUCGAAGGAAGGGAGGGUGUCUUCACCGACGAUGGGAAUGAGGCCGGGGAGUUCCGCGAGUGUUGGUACGGCGAGUGGGUGGCGGAUUAGUGAUGGCGAGGUUGCCAGGGCGGUGGAGGAAGGGAGGGAGAAGAGGAUUAGCGGGAUGGUGGGUCCCGGAGGAGGGAUCGCUGGAAGGGCGAGUAGUGAUCUUGUGCCAUUUGCGAGGAGUGGGAGGGGAGUUGAUGUGGGGAGGACGGGAGAGUGGGUUCGGAGGUCGAGUAGUCGGGCGUGA